AGGUUCACCAGAGCCAAUCGAACGAAAUCCUUUUAAUUGUGUUCGAUUGAGUUCGGUUUCCGAACUCAAUCGAACACAAUCAGACGGAUUGAGUUCGAUUGAGUUCGAUUUGUUCGAUUGAAUUCGAUUUGUUCGGAAAUCGAACUCACUGAAAGUGUGGUGUUCGAUUUCGUUCGAUUGCCGAACUCAAUCGAACUCAAUCCACGGAUUGAGUUCGAUUGAGUUCGAUUUUCGAACGUUCGAUUUACUAUGCCGGGAAUUACAACAUGAUUGGCCUUAUACUGUUUAACCAACUGAGUAUCGAAAAGAGUAAUAAAUUUUCUAGAUGUUUGUUUAAUCACAAAUAACAAACUGCAACGAGUGAAGCUACAAUAACCGCGGUAAUAAAAAGGAUCCCCAAAAACGAUUUCAAAACUUCCCAUUUCACUUGCCGCUCAAAUGUUUUCAUUUCUGAGAGCUUUAGGACGAUUUCUCCCUUGACAUUUUCAUGUGGGAAGGCAGAUGUUGGAACCUCGCAGCCCAAGAAAUCACACAGCGGUUUACAUCCUUGUUUUACAUUGUACACCAGUAGUUUCUCGGGUGGUACAAUGGACUUGACACGGUGAUUGUGCAUACGAUAUCGCUUCUUGAAAACACAGGUGGACUUUGGGUUUAUAGAUCCAAGUAAAGCAGUACGACAACAGUCCACAACGUCGUGGUUCAUCUCUCUAGCAGUUUGCGAUAGACUUAACGCUAUAAUUCCUGUCGUUGUCGCGCGAAGAGCGUGGGUCAUUUCAAGUUGUUUUACCCAACUUUGUACCCAACAAUCUUCAUUUCGUUCGCUCAAAAUCACUUUGCAAUCAGGAAAAGUUUCCAAAAUUUCCUCCCAGAACAGGUUUCCCGGUAUAUCCACCACCGCAUCAGCAUUCCGAUAGAUUCGUUUCACAUCUGGCUUGGUACCAUUUUGGAAAACAUCAAUCCAGUGAUCCAAAAAACCAUCAAGUUGUUGUGGAAAGUCAGAGACCGUGAAUCCAAGUUGUCGUAAAGCUUCGGAAAUUGAUUUAGUUCCGGUCUUGUUCAUACUCGCGCAUAUAACCUUCAUAUUGCCUCUUUGAUCUUAGUGCUUUUUCUUUGGGUCACUAGUUUGAAAGUUUGAAACUGUUUGAAACAAAAGAAAACAACAGCAUGUACACUGGCGUGCUGUAAUUUUAGCGUGAAGGCCUUGUUUGUAACUUCAUUGUAUACUUUUGCGAUAACAGCGCAAGCCGGUGUGCAAAUACAGUAUUAAGCUGUGCUUUUGAACAAGAAUUUUCUUGAAAAGUUGAAAGGGUUUGUUAAGGGGGAAGUCUAGUUACAAUGUAAAAGCCUCGGUUUUCGUUCAUUUACGAUCUUUUUUUCAAAAUCUACUUCCAACAUUUCGUUCACUAUCGAAAAUGGCUCACACAAGGUCGGAGUGAUUCAACCAAUAAAGAUUUAAGAAUUUUUUGGAUAAUUGGAUGAUUUUUCCCAUGGUGUUUUAUGAAUAAAAAUAAGCGGGGGGUGUUUAAAGUUAUGGAAAAUUGGAACAUAUUCUCGGUUUUCACAUGACGUCACGAAAAUUCAAACUAAAGAAUUAUCAACUCUGUUGAUUGCUUACUUUGAUGAGGCAUUACAGAAAAUAACACGUUUACUUAUACAAAUUUCGGUUCGAAAGAGUUCUUCGUUUAGCGAUAGAGUUCGCUUGAAUUUCCAAGCUUUUGCGCGACGCUGCAUUUUGAUGGCGGCCGAGAAAGCUCUCAUGUAGGCUAAAAAAUGUGACUGAUCUUUUGAGAUUUUUGUUACCUGAGCAGUCCUGGUCUCAGAAUAUAUAUUACUUUAAUCUUUAUGACUUCCUCUAGCAAUGAAUUCCCGCUUUUGUAGCAAAACUCAAAGACAGAUGUUGCUGUUGUUUGCCCCAUGAAGGAACGCCAACAUGGCGUCUCCAAAUUUGUAAAAACACAUUUCGGAGUAUCUCGUAUAAGAACAAUGGCACAUGCCUAAUUCUUGAUGAGGCUUUUUAAAUAUUUGUCUUCUUUUAUUUUCACAGACAAUGGCCUUUAAAUGUUGAAUGGUCCGGGUGAAUGGUUAUGAUUUUUUUGGAUGGCGUGAGCGUGAAAUCCACCAAUUGGAUUUGAGAGUGGUUGAAAACUAAAAUGUGUAGGGAUUAAUUGGGAAGAGGAUUGUCCUCAAGGCAUUCAAACCCUGACCCUGUUUAAGACAAAAAACGUUCAUUUUGCUGUCCAAUUGCUGCCGCAUUUUGCUCCGCUUACAUAAUAAAUUAUAUUUUGAAAGAAAAACUUGCAUCAUGGAAUUAGAUUUUUUGAAAAAAAUUGUUGGUAGCUCGCCUUUAUCAUGAUGAUGAUGAUGGUGAUGAUAUUUGUUGAUAUAUGUGUUUGAUUUGAUCAAAAGAUUGACACAAUGGCAGCCGAGUACCCCGCCAAGACCAACUAUCUAUACAUGACGUAUAACGGACAAGAAAACGAUCUCCUGUUUGACGAUCAAGGUGUCAUGGUUUUGGGCUGUGGUCCAUAUCACAUUGGCAGCAGUGUGGAGUUUGAUUGGUGUGCUGUGUCUUGCAUCAGAACCCUGCGCAACCUGGGAAUUAAAACGGUAAGAUGAUUUUGGAAAAAGCUAGAGGUCUCUUAGGCUUAGGGGGCAGUAUCACCAGAUGAGAAUGCUUCCGAGUUUUGGCGAAAACUAUUUGAUUGUCUUAGGGCUGAUUUCCAGUGUCGCGUAAUUUUUACGUGCGUACGUGCGUGAAAUAAAAAAUAGGGGCAAUGCAUGAAAGGUCGCUCGUAAGCCUAAAAGUUGAAUCUCGCUCAACGUCUCGUUUAAGCUCACCACUUUUUGUCUUGCCUCUAUUUUAGUUACAUGAUUAAAAUUUACGUGCGUUAACGUGCGUAGCCAAAAACGCGUCAGUGGAAAUCAAUUCUUAAGCUGCAAGAAAGCCACAAUAAAUGAGCGAUUUUUCCGAAUAAAGCCCUGUUGUGCUUUAAAACGUUGGCCCGAAAUCAGGGACACUAGGCAUUAAUAUAGUGAGGGUAGGCCGAUACUGGUGACUGGCAUUAAUAUAGUAAGGAUAGGCCAAUAUUGGUGACUCACUAGUCAAUACAAACAAAACUAUUGGAUUUUCAAGUACCGUUAAAUCUUGGUGAUAAUGCCCUCGUAAUCCUGUUUCUUCUUGUUGUUUGAUGGUAGCAGAAUAGAGUUUUAUAAGUGAACUGUUUUUAACAAUUAUUCCUCGAGCCCGAAUGGGCUCUGAGUCAACAGCCCGUGAGGCCGAAGGCCGAAUGGGCUAUUGACUCAGAGGCCAUGAGGGCGAGAGGAGUAAUUGUUUUAGUAAAAUCAAACUAGUUGGUCAAAAAUAUCGAGAAAAAAAUUUAGCUAGUUAAAGCUAAACUUUAAUCCUUUUUGCCGACAAAAAGCCCUCGCUUUUCGCUACUAGUGGGCUAUAACAUAUACCCUAGCAGUAGCUCAACUAAUCAGAACGCAGCAUUGAUAAUAGACCACUAGUUGGAUUUUACUAAUUACGAUUAACCAGUUGCCUUGCAAAUCCAUCGUGAAACCAUUUUCUAUUGUUGUACAUUUUUGGCUGAGUGUUUGUGUCUCUUUUUUAUUAUUGUUAUUUCUUCUCUCAAACUAGGUUGUUGUCAACCAUAACCCCGAGACUGUAAGCACUGAUUAUGAUGAAUGCGAUCGACUUUACUUUGAAGAGCUUUCGCUUGAAAGAGUCUUGGACAUUUACCAACAAGAGGUAGGAAUAACAAUGCUGAAGAAUCACCCAAUGCCAGUAGAGAAGAAUUUAAAAAAUAAUACAAAUAAAUGGCAAUAAUAAUAAGAUAGCUAUUUCGAAGUUUAUUCGUACAAAUCGCCUUAAGAAACGCACUUAGUAAUUAGGUACGUGAAAAAGCAAGCAGUCAGUAACUCGCUACUAUAGAACGAGAGGGGAACUGGAGCCGAAAUGCGUCCCGCAAUUGUUUCUGGGAUCGGUAUUAUUAGUUAAAGAGCCAAUCAUAAAACAAUAUAAUGAACACGUGAUCAAUAUCGAUUUAGUGACGUCACCACUAUCUGUGAACCGGAAGUUGUUAAAGCGGAUGUGUCACAGGACAUAUGUUGGGUUCGUUGAAUUUUCUUCAACUUUAAAUGUAGUGUCUGAAAAGUGUUUUUUGAUGCUUUUUGGUUGUCUAAGACAGAAUAGAAAUCAUAGCUCAGAGAAUUUAAAGGUUAUUUACAUAAAAUGCUCAAUGUGUUAUGCAAUAAUUAACUAUCAAUUUAAGACAAGUGAACUGAAAAAUGUAGAGAAGUUGGUGAAGCAAACAGUUCAAGCCUUAAAGUCUUAUUACAAAAGACUGGGGAUGUGCAUUUUUGUACAAUCUGUGAAAUUAUAUUCCUAGUAGGUGGUCCUUGAAAAGUCCUUGAAAAAUGGUUGCAUUUUUUGUUGUAUGAUCCCUGUUUUGGGGACGCGCCGGUCAGCUAUUGGCCAAUUUUUUCCUUGUCCCCAGUAACAAUCCCAAAAGUCUUUGUGAAAGUUUACUCGCCCCAGUUUUCUUGGCGUUUCUAAAGUGACGGACUUGCCUGUGGACUUUGGACUUCGUGGACGAUAGAGUAAGCAUUGAAGGGAAACCUGUUAAUUAACACUCUCCUAUGAUAUUUUAUUGUUCAAUAUUUGUGCAAAAUAUACCUCCGAGUACUUUUAAAUCUUGACUCUGAGGAAUCUAAGAAGUCAUAAACGAUUGAGGUUAGGAGUCAACAGUUCAUUGUUUUUUUUGUCAUGUUACAGGUCUGCAAAGGCGCUGUUAUCUCUGUUGGCGGUCAGAUUCCUAAUAACCUGGCUCUUCCAUUGUACUUGAACAAUGUUAAUGUCCUGGGUACCUCUCCUCUUAUGAUAGAUGCUGCGGAAGAAAGGUAACCUGAAAUUCUACUUUAAACAACAGUGAAAACCCUGCUCCUGCCGAUGUGGGGGUUUCAUUUGAAACUGGGACUCGGGUACAAGCAUCAAAGUACUCUGAGCACAGUACUUGCCUUCAAGCAAAUGAAAAAAGGCUGACUCUCAAACCAACGUUUCCCGCCUACUCAACCAUGGGCACCCUUCUAUUUUAAACAAUAGUGAAAACCCUGGCGAUAUUUUCUUAUGAAAAUAAGUACGUUGCUAGAUCUCAAGUGUUCAUUUUUUCUGCAGAUCUCGUUUUUCUGCUAUACUUGACGAGAUGGGUAUCGGACAAGCGCCAUGGACAGCUGUUUCGUCAGUGGUUAGUACAUGUAGCCAUGUAGGGAUUUGGUGUUUGAUUAUCCAAUGAAACACUUUUUCAAGUGUUGGAUUUGUUUUUGUUUGCUUUUUUAAACGUUUAGUAAUUCUAGAAGAAAUUUCUUUGCUGGUAACAAGCAUCAGGUCUAAAUCGUCAUCACAUUUGUGUUUUCUUUUUUCCCUGUUAAAAGUAAUCGAGAAAUAUCGAUAAAGUACAGCCGUGUAUUUAACAAUUUUUCUUUGUCUAUCUUUUUCAAGGAGGAUGCACUGAACUUCGCUGCUACUGUUGGCUACCCAUGUCUUCUAAGACCCUCUUAUGUGUUGAGGUAUCAGUUAACUCUUUAAACCUUAAGACCAAAAUUUGAAUUCUCAUUUGUUGCCCCCAUUCAUUUCCAACAGAAGUAGCGGGGAGAAGUUGAUAAAAUGUCAAGCAAAUUCAUCUUCUGUGAUCAUAUUCGUAAUUCUCAUGACCCCUCUGUUUUACAAAGCAUUGAUACUACAAGGAGAAAUUUGAUACUGAUCACUAUUAGGGCUUAAAGGGUUAAACUACAUUGAAUUUAUGGUGAAUUACAGGCAUAUCGUCUCCCAAGAAAACUCGUGUCUGUUAAGAUGCGAUUUCUCUCUCAUGCAAAGAAUUGCAAAGAUUUUUACUCGCUAAUGUCACAGAAAAUGACACUUGUCUCUGCAUGUAUCAUCUGGUAACGCGUCCUAUAUAACAGCCAUCCUGAGGCUACGUUCAAACGGCAACGGGCGACGUUUCGACCGGCUGAAAAAUAACACCUUAACACGCGAGUUUUCAACCGGUCAUUUUGGAUAUUCACCCCGACUAGCUGAUGGGCGUUCUUUAGACGUAAGGACAGGCAGUCUUCGCCCCAGCUAUCUGCUUCUGGUUCUCUUGGACAGCUUGCUGUCCGUGGCCAAAAAUCUUAACCAAGCAGUCUUCGAAAACCUCUUUAUAUUCUAAUUCGCUACCCCGCUCAAACGAAUAUAAAACAUUUAUCAUGUAACAAGCAACCUCAAUUGGGGUGUGUCAACACGAGCCGUGUGCGACCCUCUUUAUUAUGCCUUCAUCAACAGAAUGGAUGGAAAUAAUACAACAAACAGAAUGAAAACUCGGAAAUGUAAAAAAAUUACAGCAAGAAAAACAGCCCAACAAAAUGAUCUUUUGUAUAACAAUCAUUCAGUAAACGUGCUAAACCUUUCAUAUAGCAGCAUGCAAAAACUACGUCUGGUGAUCAGCCAUGGGCGUAGGGACGGUUAAGACGCGAAUGAAUAUAAAUGAGAACAACCAAAUAUAUAUGGACCGUUGAAGCAACAGUUCUUGGAACACCCCAAAGAAAAGGUUUCAUAACCCAUGAUAAAUACAUUUCUCGACCCUUAAUUCGUGCAAACUUGGUUUUAUUUUGACACGGGCUGUUUUGUUCCGUAUGUAGUGGUUCAGCGAUGAAUGUUGCUUAUGGACCUGUGGAGUUGAAGAAGUUCUUGGAAGAGGCUGCCAGAGUUUCUCAGGUAGAUUUUCGUCUUCCUGUGUGCUUUUGAAAUCUGCUACAUAGAUUUAUACCAGUAAAAUGUUUACGCCAAAAAAGAUGUUAGCUUAGAAGUUAGAGUAGAACUAAUAUUAUAAACUGUUGAUGUCAAUACAGGACCACCCGGUAGUGAUGACAAAGUUUAUCGAAGGUGCCCGAGAAAUUGAAAUGGACGCCGUUGCUAAGAACGGAAAGGUUUGUGAUGUUUGACCAUUUUCUGCUUCAUGUUAACUUAGCUAUUAGUUGUGUUCUAAUGGAUUAUCUCUGUUCUUACAGCUCUGUUUUUUGACUUUGGUAUCUUGUUUCUUCCAGGUUGUUGCUCACGCUAUUUCUGAACAUGUGGAGAAUGCUGGUGUUCAUUCAGGAGAUGCUACACUGAUUUUGCCUCCACAAACAAUCAGCGAGGAGGAUAUCCAGCAGGUACGAAAGUGGGUGGGGCUGACCACGUGCUGCUAGCAACUGAUCGCAGUGUAGGUCAUGUCAGUAGCUUACUAAUAGGCGUGGUCACGCACCUGCCGCCUCGUUUACGCUAAGGAACUUGAGGAGGAGGACCCUUACGCUAGCCAAUAUGGAGGGGCUGACCACGUGCAACUAGCAAUUGAUCACAGUAUGGUUGAUGUCAAUAGCUCACCUAUGGGCGCGGUCAGAUAUGCGCCACCUCGCUUAUGAGUUUGAGGGUGUCCACGUCAUGACAGAAACCGCUGAAGAUCUAAAGCUCAACUGGCGGAAGAGGCGUAACCAAAGAGGUUUCCCCUUUUCUGUGCUUACGAACUUUGACAGCCAGCGUCCCCAGUUAGUUCUGCGGCCUUUUAUAGGCCGUGGAGGGUGAUUAUUUCAAUGUGUCUGGUUGUAUCCUUUCACUGAGCAACGUUUUCGUUAGACAGCGGUUGAACGACUAUAUUACAUUCACGCCUUUUGAUGCACCUCCAAUGAAAUUUAACCAUAUUCGUUAGUUCUGCCGCAGGGAAUACCCGGAUGAAACGCGAACGAAAAUUAAUAACACACUAAGCCAACGUAUCUAGUACGACUUCUUCUGUGUAGUGGUUGCCUUUUGCUGAUUUAGUGGGUUUUAAACUAUUAUACUUUCAGGUAAAAGAAGCCACCCGAAAGAUUGCAGAGAGAUUUAACAUUUCUGGUCCGUUCAAUACUCAAUUUUUAGCCAAGAACAAUGAUAUCAUGGUACGUCCACUAAUUACCUUUAUGUGGUCUGUGAUUAUAUUUACAUCGUGUUCGAUAUUGUUUUAGGAUUUUGUUGCUGUGAAUCGGUUUUAAUUUCCCUCCCCCUGGAAUCUGUUGCAUAUUCUCUCGCGUGUGUCACUAGGUAUAAAUCUUUCCGCGUUUAUGGCAGUUGCCAUCUGGUGAAGCUGGACGCGUAGUUCGGUGUUUUUUGUUAUACUAUAUUCUUUUACCAAUGAUCAAACUUGUUAACUUUGCUAUCAUUAUCAAGACCAAUCAUCAGAGAUCUUCUUAUCGAUGACAAGCCUUGGAAGUCAAUCUAAUUCAUGAGAUGAAACAGUCACAGUUUUGUUUCUUUUUGUACUGUCAGGUCAUCGAAUGCAAUCUGCGUGCUUCUCGCUCGUUUCCUUUCGUAUCCAAGACAGUGGGAACGGACUUCAUAGAUGUGGCAACCAAGAUCAUGGUGGACUAUCCCCUGCAAGAACAUACACUUCCCCAUCUGGACACGCCCCUGCAGCCAUCUGGAUAUGUGGGCAUCAAGGUUUGUCCGCGCAUUCUAUUCUUGUUAUUCUGUUUAAACUUUUUAUUAGCAACCGCGGCAGGACUAGCUUGACUGCUGAGCGGGAAGUGGCGGGGUUCGAACCCCGGGGCAGACCAAUAUUCGGGAUCCUAAAAAAACCGGGGAAUGAAAGUACUGCCUUUGCCUUGCAGACAGCUAUACCUCGAUGUGGCUUUAAACAGGGUUGUCACUAAGAUUUCAAGUUGCCGGGCAAAUACGACAAGUAGGCGGGGAGUCAAACAGCUAGGGAUUUCUUUUGGUUGUAUUUUUCUUCUGUUAGCAGGAGACCACAUUCAUAGUAGGUGGGAGAAAUCCCCGGCCCCCGGCCCUUAAUGACAGCCCUGGGCUUAGAUGACCACGUAGAACUGGUGGCCCGUGAUUUGAACUCGGGACGAACGAGAAACAAAUUCAGGUAGUGGUCAGAGAGGGAUUCGAACCCAGAAGUCCGACUCGUAAACCAUUCGGCCCACUCUUGGACAACCUUGACAACUAAUUCCUAUUUCUUAACUCGUUGGGUGUUCUUUUCAGGCGCCAAUGUUUUCAUGGCCUCGGCUGCGUGACGCCGAUCCACUGUUGAAAUGUGAAAUGGCCUCCACUGGCGAGGUAAGAACAAAAAAGAAUUGCUGUAGGCAGUAAUUGACUGUAACCGCAAACUUUGACUCUUUGACCAUAACUUUCGCGCCAAAAUCGUUGUUCCAAGUAACUUAUUUUGGCUUCGCUUCCCUGCAGGUUGCUUGUUUUGGCGCGAAUGUUCAUCAGGCGUUUCUCAAGGCUUUGAUGUCAACUGGCUUCCGGCUUCCUAAGAAAGGCAUUCUGAUUGGUAUUCAGGUACGUUGAUUGACACUCCAGCGCUGCUCUCAUUCAAUCAGGCACGUCAGUCAUUGUACAAUUUUGAUUUCCCCACCCGUAAAUAACGUCUGUACCUUUAAGUUACUCACAGGAAUUCUCUAGGGGAGGGUUAAGAGGGAGUAGACAAGAUUUGUUUUAUUCUCACGUCAUCUAAGCUCCCACCCACACCCCCCCCUACAUGUAGGAAUCUCGCCCCAGGUCUACUCCCUCUCCACAGACCUUUCGUCUAACAGCUGACACUUGAACACAAGACUAUCUUUCUCGAAAUCCAUUCCACGAAAAACACUUUGUAAUAAGUCGAGGAUAAGUGAAAAGUUUCAUUCAUGCCUCUAAACUUUAUUUUGUCAAUCCAAGCGUCGAGUUGGUGCCUUUGGUUUCAGAAAAACUAAAAAGUUGGCAGCUCGGGUUAUCGUAGGCUUCCGUUUUAACUCAAAUGAGAAGGGACACACUCUUUAGCCAGACAACUUCGUAAUCGUUGCAAUGCAUAAUACCAAGGCUAGAUUAUCUUGAGUUUUAUAUACAUUAAUUUAAUGGCUUUAUAUUUUCAUGUUUUGAACAGCAAUCCUUGCAACCGAAGUUCCUUCCAACAGCGAACAAGCUUCAUAAACUGGGAUUCACGCUCUACGCUACAGAGGCCACCUCGCAGUAUCUGAAUGAACACAAUAUUCCAGCUCAGCCAGUGGAAUGGCCACUUCACAGUGCUGGAGUAAACUCGACAGCUACCAGGUAGAUUUUAGUCGCUGCUUUUAACCGUGCAUGCCUCUUGAAUACAAAAAAUCAUUUUUUUCUUCGUUACUUACGAACUCAGUUCCCUAAACUCUUAGAGAAGCUGCCACAGUUAACCUUUUUAGGAGAAAAACUAGCUGUUUUCAUUUCGGAGGGUGGAGGGCGAGUUAGUUUUCCUCUGUUUGUCUACGUAGUAGUUUUCGUAUUAUCUUUAAAACUGCAGUUCGAAGUUCGCGUAAACGCCAACAAUACAAAAUUGGAUUAAUUGACGAGUUCAUAAACAGCACAGUAUUUGUCAACUCCCACUCCUGUCCCUGAAGUCUGCUGUGGAUAGUUAAAACAACCAUUCCUGUGAACAUUGGAAAAUAACACAGAAUCAUAAAGAUGUAAUAUAUAAAAGUGUUUAAAACACUUCUCUUCCAUCGCGCGAUGUUCAGGUUAUGAUCAGAACUGACAUUUCGCACUGUCUGCUGUUGAAAAUGAAUUAGAAGCUGAUGUCUGCGAACAAUUUGAUAAACUCUGAUGUACAAAACAGUAGAAACCAAGAAGCAAAUGGCAAUUGCAGGGACAAAGGCUAUCCUCGCGUAGGUUCUGUUCCAUACGUAAAGACAUGAUGCAGAGAACAUCAAGAACCAAAGAGUUAGAGAUGUGCAUAUUGCGCGCUUAUCCGUCAUCAGAUUCGGAUAAUGAAGAGCAAAAAACCGAUCUAAGCUUAUCGCUGUCAUUGUACACAAAGAAACACCACAGCCUAAAGACGAUAAAGCGUCGAAUGCAUCUUUAAAUCCCUGUUCAGGGUUAAGUUGAUAUACAAUGUAAACCGGUUGUACCACCAAGCCAACAAGAAGAUCUGAGACAGCGAGACUGCACAAGAACAGUAUGGAAGGUGAACGAAGAGAAGGAGUUGUUAAUAUGGCGACCAGCACGAAAACGUUCCCAAUGAUCGAUGGGGGCAUUAGCAGAACGUUAAGCAGACAAUUCAUCACGAUAAAAAUAUCCAUCCUCUUUCAGAUUUUUGACUCCAACGGUAGCAAGUAAAUUUUCAUAGUUUAAGGUUUCCCCGUGGUAAGAAUUUAAUACACCAAGAAAAUGAGGCGACUGAAAGACAAAUAUCAAUAACUUGUGGUGCUCUGUGUCAUUUUAAAAGCAUUUGUCCCUUUUUGAUUCACUCCUUCAUAGCAAGUGUAAUCAAACUCCCUGGAAAGUUGAAUUGUGAAAAUCGAACAGGGACAACACCUUUUAAAUUAUUUCCACCCAACGUGAUUACACUGGUUGAUAGCAAUAUAACUGGCUUUGUUUUGUCCCUUUGCAAUAAAAAGAAAUAUAAUGAGAAAUUGCUUAGAAAUCUUAUCUAAACAGUGUUGACAAUUAUUGCUGUGGCCACUAAAGGGAACGAGAGGUCGUGUUUUUUUAAUAACCGCUUUUCUAUACCCGGGCAAUAUAAUACAAAGGGACAUUGUACAGAAACAAUAUUAAUUUGCCUUUUAAAAAUGAACAUCUGCUAGGACAGAAAUUUAAAUAUGCUUCAUUAACCAGGCUUGUUCCGUCAAUCUAUUAUUUUUUCCGUUUAUUUGUUAUAUUUUAUUAUUUAAUUGAUUUAUUUUGUGGACAGAGACAAAGCCAAUUUUUAGCUAUCUUGAUCAAACAAGCAUGGUCAUUAAAAGAACCUCCAAAUAUGCUCUUGCGGUAAAAAGCGGUUAAACCCGAGCGGGCAAGAUACAUUGGAACUUCUUUAUAACAAAAUAUGUGGAAAAAGCCUUUAUAUAAAGAACCCUUGGUUAUAGCCAUUCGCAGUCCCUUAGCCAUCUUGCCCUCUAAAACAGACGAAUCAUAGCACACCAUUCAUUUCAUCUUGGCUGCGCAGCCGUAUAGCAAUAGUUGUUGGGGAGUUUAAGAUGUCACUAUGGCAACGAGAACGUCAAAAAAGCAAUAGGUUUAGGUUAGCAAAACAACAACUCUGCACGUGCAUCACGCUUUUUUGUACAUUUCUUUGCCGUCACUGCACGACUACGACAUGAAUUGCCUAAUUUCACGUUUUAUCGACAACGUGAACAUACGACGACGAAUUUCUCUUUCUCUCUUUAAACUUGAAUAUCUUUCUUAAGAGUUCAAAUCCAGGAAAGUUCUGCCUGCAUUGGACAAAGUGAGCGAGUUGUGAUAAUCGCGCUGCAGUUUCAAAGAGCGUGAAGUCACUUUUUAAGUGACGUUUUCACCGCCGUCGCCGUUGUGGUAUCUUAAACUCCCUGUUAUUGCAGUUGUCGGCGGGUAAUUAUGCAUAAGUUCGGCUAUCUUGUGUCUCACGACAGAAACUCCGCUAUUCAUUGUGAUGUUUCGGCCGCUUACAGCUGUUCUUCAUCAUGCGAUGUUUUCAUGUUGUAGAUUGAUCCAGGACAAAGUCGUGGACCUCGUCAUCAACCUGCCCAAUCAGAACACAAAGUACAUCAAGGACAAUUACCUUAUAAGGAGAGCGUCUAUCGACACCGGUGUCCCGCUCAUCACAAACUUAGAGGUAUAACGUCAUUCUUCUUUUCAGGUAGCAACCGUCCAAUGACCAGAUCUGGAAAUCUAAGAACCACCUUAUUCAGAAUAAUAAACAGCACCACUGGAGAGUACUGCUUAAUAGUUUUCAUUUGAAUGGUAACACCAUAGGACUUCAUCCACAGACUCAAAAGUUAGAACCACCUUGUACAGUAUAAUAAACAGUACCAUAGGAAAGUACUGCUCAGUAGCUUUCAUUUGAAUGGUUACACCAUAGGAUUUCAUCCACAGACUCAAAAGUUAGAACCACCUUGUACAGCAUAAUAAACAGUACCACAGGAAAGUACUGCUCAGUAGCUUUCAUUUGAAUGGUAACACCAUAGGAUUUCAUCCACAGACUCAAAAGUUAGAACCACCUUGUACAGCAUAAUAAACAGUACCACAGGAAAGUACUGCUCAGUAGCUUUCAUUUGAAUGGUCACACCAUAGGAUUUCAUCCACAGACUCAAAAGUUAGAACCACCUUGUACAGCAUAAUAAACAGUACCACAGGAAAGUACUGCUCAGUAGCUUUCAUUUGAAUGGUAACACCAUAGGAUUUCAUCCACAGACUCAAAAGUUAGAACCACCUUGUACAGCAUAAUAAACAGUACCACAGGUAAGUACUGCUCAGUAGCUUUCAUUUGAAUGGUCACACCAUAGGAUUUCAUCCACAGACUCAAAAGUUAGAACCACCUUGUACAGCAUAAUAAACAGCACCACAGGAAAGCAACGAGCUAACUGCUCUCGAGCGUCCGCAACUUUUCCUUCCUCGUUCAAUAUUUCGUUUCCUUUCUAGCGUUUAAUCUUCAUUUCCUGUCACUUGUCUGUUUAGGUUGUAAAGAUGUUUGCUGAAUCUCUCUCUGGUGCUGGCAAAAUAGAAGCGACAUCUUUAUUUCAUUACCAGAAGUCUUCCAAAAGAAAGGCUACUCCUUGAAGAAAGAAAACUCAACUUUAAACCGUACAGAGAGGCAAAAUUACUGUAUAAUGAUGUGGACAAAACUAUAAAGCCUAUACUUCAGUCCAAAUAUUGGCUGUCCUCCUGAAAAGGUCCUUGAAUUUUCUUUAGCUAGAAAUGCACGAAUCUUGAAACGGAAAGAGAGAAAAAUUGAAUUGUGCACGUGUAAACACAAAAGGACGCGUAACGAAAAAAUAAGAAAGCUCUCUUUUCUUCCCCAUGCCUUCUCUAUCCGGCGCUCCUUUGCAUCUCUUGUGUUUCGUACUCUCUCUCCUGUUUAGCGUCUUCCACUGAAGGGGGCGGCAAGCUUUAAUAGCAAUGUGCACGGUUUUUUACCUGCCAUGUCCCCAGUCUCCCGCGUCCCUCCAUGCUCUUGCUUGGGGCGCUUGGUGUAAUGGGAAGGAUGUACUGUGUAACAGAGCCUCGGAAUGAGGCAGCAGUAUCUGUUAACAGUGGAAGACGUUUUCAAGCGUGAAACCCUUAAAAGAGAAUAAAAUGAAGUAUGUUUAGAAAAGUAAGUUAUGGUGUAGAUGUAAAAUAUUCUCACAAUGAC